AGAGUCUGUUACAUCUUCAAAAACAAUCUUUGUUACUUGGAAAUUAGGGCAUUUACGAUAUACUUAUUUGAUGCUGAAUUCAGAGGUUUAACUCUUGAUGAUAGAAAUUUAUCGAUAAAAUAUUGAUCCAUUUGAAUUCAGAAGUGUCUUGACGACUGUUUUUAUAAAACGAUGUUAUGUCAAAAAAAGCCAGGUAGAAAAAGAAUAAGACCUUCAGAUGAUAUUUCAGGGAUUUGUAUUUUGAUGGUUUUAUACAUUUUGCAGGGUAUACCUAUUGGUCUAUCUGCAUCUAUUCCAUUUAUGUUACAAUCAAGUUAUUAUACCGGAAGUUAUCAAGCACAAGCUACAUUUUCAUUGGUAAUCUGGCCAUUUUCAUUCAAAUUAGCUUGGGCUCCAAUCAUUGAUUCAAUUUAUAGUACACAUAUUGGACGUCGAAAAACAUGGCUUAUUCCAACACAAUAUGCUAUAGGAAUUGAAUUAAUUAUUUUAGCCAAUUAUAUAAAUAGUUGGUUAGGACGUGAUCCAAAUAAUCCAUGGAGUCCAUUGGGUACACAUCAUCCAGUUGAUAUAAUACGUUUAACAAUUGCAUUUUUCGGAUUGACAUUCCUUGCUGCAACACAAGAUAUCGCUGUAGAUGGAUGGGCUAUAUCAAUUCUAUCCAAAAAAAAUCUGGGUUGGGCAUCUACAUGUAAUGUUGUUGGACAAACAAUUGGAUAUGUUACUGCAUUUAUUCUAUUUUUAUGUUUAGAAUCACCUAAUAUUUCAAAUAGUUAUCUUAGAUGGACGCCUAUUGAAGGUAAAGGGUUGAUUACAUUUUCUGGUUUUCUUUAUUUUUGGGGAAUUACAUUUAUGGUAACUAAUACAAUUUUAGUAUUAUUUAAACAUGAAAAUGAAUCAAAAUUAGAUACAGAGUUUAGAAAUUGUUUAAAUAAUUUAUUUAAUAAAAUAUGCAAACGAAAAACAUUCAAUGAAUCUCAUUGUUUAAAUUAUCAUUGUAAUCAUGGUAAUAAUAACAAUAAUAAUAAUAAUAAUAAUUUAAUUCCUAAUGUUGAUAUUAUUCAAGAAUCUAAAAAUUCUAAUCCAUUAUAUUGUGAAUAUAAUCAUGAAGAAAUUGAUAAUAUUGAUCAUUCAAAAUUAUCAUUAAAAUCAAUAAAUUUAUAUCAAACAAAAAAUCAAUAUUUAAAAGAAAAUCAUUUAAUUAAUGAUAAUACAAUGAAUUAUGAAUUAAUUUGUAAAACAAAUUCAAUUUCAAAUAAUCUAUCAAAUCAUCAUAUAGAUUCUAUGAAAACUAAAUCAAAUUAUGGUAAUGAAUAUUUAAAUGAUUAUCUUCAACAUAAUGAUACAAUUGAACUGGAUCAAAAAAAUUAUACUAAUAAAAAUAUAUCUAAUAAUAAUAGUAAUAGUAAUAAUAAUCAAGAAUUAUGUUUAUCACUUAUGGAUACAUAUCGUAUUAUGUUUGGUGUAAUACGAUUAAAACCUGUUUGGCAAUUUUUAAUCUUACUAACUACUGUUAAAGUUUGUCUUGCUGCUCCAGAGACAAUUUUCAGUUUAAAACUAAUUGAACAUGGAUUUCCAAAAGAACGUUUAGCACUUUUUGGUGUUCUGCUAAUGCCAAUACAAGCUAUAUUACCAUUAUUAAUUACUCGUUGGACUAAUGGGCCAAGACCCUUAGGAGUAUUCAUAGUCGCUUUCCUACCAAGAUUGUUGGUGACCUCGUUAACAAUUCCUAUUGUUUAUUAUACACCAUACUUUAGAAUUAUUCAGCCUAAUCAAACUCAAAUUCAAUUUAUUCAGCUAAACAGAAGUGAUUUAAAUAAUAUCACUGAUACAACUAAUUCAACACAAAAUUAUACAGCAAAUAUAGUUAAAGAUAUGACAUAUUCGUUUACUUGGUUAUUCUAUAUACUUUUAUUAAGUAAAUUAUUUGUUUAUUCAAUUAUAUCAAGCAUAAUGAUGGUUGUACAGGUAGCAUUUCAUGCUAAAAUCAGUGAUCCAGCUGUUGGUGGAACAUAUAUGACUUUGCUGAAUACAGUAUCUAAUAUCGCUGGUAGCUUGCCCAGUACUGCUUUCCUUUCAUUAAUCGAACCGUUAACUAAACGUGCAUGUAUUUUGAAAGAAUUCAACCAAACAAUUAUUCAAAGUAUCAAUUCAAAUAAUUCAUUAUUGAAUAACACAACCAAUAAUGAUAAUUAUAAUAAUAGUUAUUCAUUUUUUGACAAAGAUAAAUUAGUCCAACAAUAUAAUGCAACAUGUAAACUACCCAAUGGAAUUAAAGCCUGUGAAACUAUUCAUGGAACAUGUGUUACACAAUUAGAUGGAUUUUAUAUUGAAGUGGGAUUAUCAGUUCUAUUUGGUUUAAUUGUUUAUCCAUUUUUCUUAUAUCCAAUGGCUAACCGAUUAGAUAAUUUGCCAAGUUCAGCUUAUUCAUUUCGAUUAACUGGUACUGGAUGUUGUCCACGUCGGACACGAGGUAAAAUUCCUAUAAAUGAAAAUGAAACUGAAUGUUCACAAUUGAGCAAUAUAUAA